AUGGAGGCAAAGAUGGAUAUGAAACAGAAGCAGAAGCAGAAGCAGAAGCAGAAGCAAAAUCAAGGACGGCAGAAGGUCCCAAUAAAAAGAAUAGAGAAGGACACAGCCCGGCAGGCCACCUUCUCUAAGCGCCGGAAAGGGUUCUUCAAGAAAGCCAAUGAACUCGCCGUGCUGUGCGGUGUUCAAGUGACUGCACUCGCCUUCUCUCCUGCUGGCAAACUCUACAGCUUCACCGCCAACACGUCCCUUGAUGAACUCAUGCAUCGCUGUAUAGCAAAUGCCGGACCUUCUGAUCUUCAUUAUCAACAACAACAACAACAACAAGAGCAGCAGCAGCAACAACAAGAGCAGCAGCAGCCCUGGGACAUGGUGGGCAUGAAUAUGGAUGAUCAUCUGGGACAGGUGGAGAUGAUUAAUUAUGAUGAUGAGUUUUGGAAUAAUUGGUUAAACGAACUCAUGACUGAUGAAACUCUCAACCUUCCUCCUCUUCCUGAUCUUCUUCUCGAUCCUCCAACUGGCUCUUCGUCUCACCAUCUUUGA